UCACUCAAACCAAAAGUAGCCAAAAAAAUGAAAAUGAAACCUUUAUCUCUAUUAUUUUCCCAUUUUCUGGUCAUCGUUUUGACAACAAGCUACGUUCCUGUUGAUGCCUUUACCAGAAGCGAUUUUCCAGAAGAUUUCCUCUUCGGAGCCGCCACUUCUGCUUAUCAGUGGGAAGGAGCUGUCAAUGAAGACGGAAGAACUCCUAGCAUAUGGGAUACUUUCGUACACUCCGACCGUCCUGGGAUUACAGGUAAUGGGGAUAUAGCAUCUGAUGGGUAUCACAAAUACAAGGAAGAUGUUAAGCUGAUGGCAGAAAUGGGCUUGGAAUCAUUCAGAAUCUCAAUCUCCUGGUCAAGACUAAUACCUAAUGGAAGAGGAUUCGUUAACCCAAAAGGCAUAUUGUUUUACAAGAACCUCAUCAAAGAACUAAAACGCCAUGGAAUCGAACCACAAGUUACGCUCUACCACUAUGAUCAUCCUCAAUCUCUUGAAGAUGAGUACGGAGGAUGGGUCGACCGCAAAAUCAUAGAAGACUUCACUGCUUACGCAGAUGUAUGCUUCAGGGAGUUUGGAGAGGAUGUGAAGCUAUGGACUACAAUAAACGAGGCUACAAUAUUCGCCACUGGCUCUUAUGGCCAAGGACUCGGGCCACCUGGACGUUGUACUCCUAACAUUCUCGUCAAUUGUCCUACGGGAAAUUCUUCUACAGAACCAUAUCUUGUAGGCCAUAACGUAUUGCUAGCUCAUGCCUCUGUUUACAAAUUGUAUAAACUAAAGUAUAAGAGCAAGCAGAGAGGAUCCAUAGGGUUUAGUAUAUAUGCAUUGGGGUUAACUCCCGCUACAAACUCCAAGGACGAUGAAAUCGCAACUCAAAGAGCUCAAACUUUCCUCUAUGCCUGGUUGUUGAAGCCUUUGGUAUUUGGAGACUAUCCGGAUGAAGUAAAGAGAACUGUGGGAUCAAGAUUACCGGUUUUCUCAGAGGAAGAGUUAGAGCAAGUUAAAGGAUCAUCUGACUUUUUAGGACUUAUUCACUACACGACAUUUGCCGUCACAAACCGAUACUCACCUUCAACUAUCUUUCCCAUGGACGUAGAAGGCUUCACUAAAGACAUGGGCGUAUAUGUGUCGCCCAUUGGGAAUUCUACAUUUUUUGCGUCGGAACCUGCUCCAUGGGGUCUUGAAGAUACUCUUGAGUAUUUAAAGGAUAGCUAUAACAAUCCUCCAAUAUACAUUCUUGAAAAUGGUGCGCGUUUGGAAAGCCAUUCGAUACUGCAAGACACAAAAAGAAUUGAUUACAUGAAAGGUUACAUUGGUGCUGUCCUCAACGCCAUCAAGAAUGGAUCGGACAUGAGAAGUUACCUUAUAUGGUCGAUGGUAGAUUUGUAUGAGUUAUUGGGUGGAUAUUCGAGCAGCUUCGGAUUGUACUAUGUGAAUUUCAGCGAUCCUGGUCGCAAGAGGUUUCCAAGGCUAUCUGUUUCUUGGUACACUGGUUUUCUCAAUGGUACAAUUGAUGUUGCCCCUCAAGAUACUAUUCAGUUGAAGAGGAAUUUCUCUAGCUAUUCGUCAUUGUAAUGUAUUUAACCAGUUGAUGGUACGUACACUGGUUUUGUUUAUAUUAAAAAUGGAAGAGUUAUUUUUGGAAAUAUAUUCAUGGGCGGUCACAUCACAAGGAUUACACUUCACGGGAAAAAUAGAGAAAGAUAUCCCUAUAGUCUUUCUUCACAUGUGUAUAUUUGUCGCGUUUUGCGUGUGGAUGAAGAAAGGAUAGGAAAUAUGGGUCACUUAACUGUUAUUGGUCCAAGAAAACGCAGUAAACGCUUCAAUUAUUUA